CUCCAUUUCUACUCUAUAUUUUUUUGCUUUCAUGUAUUAAGCAAGAAGAAGAAGAAGAAGAAGGGAAGAUAUUUAAAAAAAUGGAUAAAUUCUCAUACAACUCGUAUCCAGAUUCAGCUGAAUCUUCUCCUAGAUCUCGCGACGUCGACUUUGAAAAUCCGCCGCCGUGGGAGGACCAGCAACAACAAAGCUACAAGGUGAAGCUCAUGUGCAGUUACGGCGGAAAGAUCCAGCCGCGACCUCAUGAUAACCAGCUCACUUAUGUUAACGGAGAUACCAAAAUCAUGUCCGUCGAUCGCGGCAUCAGAUUUCCCGCUUUGGCUUCCAAACUCUCCGUCGUCUGCACCGGCGGAGGAGGUGAAGUAUCGUUCAAGUAUCAGCUUCCUGGUGAGGAUUUAGAUGCGUUGAUCUCAGUGACUAACGAUGAAGAUCUAGAGCACAUGAUGCAUGAGUACGAUAGGUUGCUUCGUCUAUCCUCUAAACCAGCUAGGAUGCGUUUGUUUCUCUUCCCUUCUUCUCCCAUCUCCGGCGGAUUUGGCUCUGAAGGUUCGACUAAAUCGGAUCGGGAUACGCUUAAUCCAAUCCCUAGCCGACCUGAAUCAGAGAAAUCUGUAUCCGCUGCUGAGUUUUUGUUUGGACCGGAGAAAUCUGCUCCAAUUCCUCCGUCUCCAGUGAAGGUGGUUCAGCCUGUACCGGAACCGGUGGUGAUCGAAACGCCGCCGCAGAUGUUCAUAGAUCAACGGAUGUUACAACCGGAUCACAGCGUAAAUCCAGCAGAGAUUCAAAGACAAAUCCAGGAAUUUCAAAUCAGAGAUCAUGAGCAACAACAGCAGCAAAUGUUACAUCAGAAUCAGCUUCAACAACAACAAGAAGCCAUACAUCAGAAUCAGCUUCAUCAUCAACAACAACUGCAACAAGAGGCUAUACAUCAGAAUCAGCUGCAACAAGAGGCUAUACAUCAGAAUCAGCUGCUUCAACAACAACAACAACAACAAGAGGCUAUGUAUCAGAAUCAGCUGCUUCAACAACAACAACAACAACAACAACAAGAGGCUAUGUACAGAAGAAAAAGUGAAGAUGAAAGUGGACGUUACUAUUCUCCAACAUACGCUCAAAAUCCGACGCCGGCGACUGUAUCUCAGACGAAUCCACAACCUCCGAUUAGCUACUGGCAAGGAAACAACAACAUUCCAGGGAACGUAUUCACAACUACCACCACACAGAAUAUACCGGAACAGCAGCAAGUGUAUAUGAUUCCAGCUCAAUCACAAGCUCAAGGGACAAUAUACCAAAGCGUUAUGAGACCACCGACAGUACAGGGAAACCAAAGCUAUUACCCACCUGUUCAGAGAAUGCAUCAUCCUGAUGCAUACAUGGAGCAGCAGAAUUACAACGUGGUUCAACCACAGUCACCUUAUUCAGGUGGUACACAAGUUAUGGCUAGUGUUGGUCCCCCGAUGGGAGGGUUACAGGAACCAUAUUCACAGAUGGGUAAACCUGUGUACUACACGGUGGCUGGUGAAGGCAUGAUGGUCCAACCGCAACCACCUCAACCUCAUUCUCAGCAGCAGUACCAGGGAAUGGGUCAACCGACUGAUCUGAGAACCGGACCAGAUGGGAAAGUUGCAGUUAACAUGGCUGCACCAAAAGUGACAGAUUCGUGAAAUUGAGAUGAUCUCAUUUAUCCAUCUCCAAGUAUUUUAUAAUAUAUAUGUGUAGAAGUGUUUUAAAGAUCAAAUUGGAAUCUUUGAUUUCUGAUGAAUCAAUAGAAUCACUUUCUGAUGUUUUUUAUUUAAUUUUUGAGAGUUCUGUCUUAACUUUUGAAGUAUAUGCUGUUUUGGACCUUUUCGUCUCGUGUGUCUCUUGUUCACCCACCCGUUUAGUGGUGUAUAAAGAUUAUUAUCCGAUUA